UGGUGGUGGUGGUGAUGGGUAGUAGACGUAGUAGAUGUGUAGGUCUGAUUCCUAAAAUCGUUCACGCCCCCGACGAGGUUAUAAAAUGCUACGCAGAACCGUAAGAAAACCAUGGUAUUUCUGUGGUCUUUUGUCAUUUGACUGGUUAACGGGUAGUCCUGAUAAAGUCGACCAAGUAACAUCAGAGCCUUUUUACCAGCGGACCGUAGAAAAUGAGUCUGGUUGGGAGAGACUUAGAUUAAUGUAUUCCAUGGAUGAGUUUGGCAAUAUUAGUCCUGAACUAAAUGCUGCACUUCAGGCUGGUUUUAUGGGGAUGUUUGUUGGUGCUUGCUAUGGAGGAAUUGUUAAUUCAAAGGUUGCAUACACAGAUUUCAUGGAAAGAAAUGAAGCCACUGUGUUCCAGAGUCAUUUUGAUGCUAAGAAAAAACUUCAAGAUCAAGUGACAGUUGGGUUUGGUAAAGGAGCUUUCAGAUGGGGCUGGCGGUUAGGCAUGUUUACUGGUACUUAUGUAUUGUUGACAACAUCAAUAUCAAUUUACAGAGGGCGUUCAAGCAUUUUGGAGUAUGUGGCUGCAGGUGGUAUCACAGGAGCACUCUACAAGUGCAGCAUGGGGCUUAGAGGCAUGGCAGUUGGAGGGGGCCUAGGCAGUUUUUUAGGUGGAAUAGCGGGACUUGUUUCUUUAAGUAUUUUAAAAUUCAGUGGAAUGACUAUGGAGGAAGUUCGAUAUUGGCAGUAUCAGUGGAAGGAGGACCGAACUAGCAGAGAUUUCAACACUACCACUAGUGAAAAGCGUACAACAGUGAAAACAAGAAUGAUCACCCAACACUGGCACUAGCUGAGAAUAUAUGAUUGUGAAAGGAGGAACUACCAUGCGUAUUUAAGUAAAGAACUGUGCAUGAACAAAACAAGAGAACAUAUGUUAACAGUUAUCAGGUAACAACUGACACUAACACUAUAUGAUAUAGUGCAUAGUAUGCAGUUAGUAUACUUGUGUAAAUUGUUAAUAUGAGAAUAUAAGUACAUUUCACAUGAAUUAUGAUACAUAAAAGUGUAAAUGCAAUGGUGAUUAUCAAAAUGCAGCCCAUGAACAGAACUGUAGAAAAAAAAUGAUGGAAUAGAAACAUGUGAAAAAUCAAAUAUAGAAAAUAUUCCACACAAAGAAAAAUAGAGUGCAGUAUAGGUAAAGCAAUGAGUCAAAGAAAUUACUGAAGAAGAGUAGCUCAGGCAAUGGUUGCUGUAUCAUGUAAACUGUGUGUGAAGAACAGAUUAUUUUUCCUUGCAUGAUCUCUCAUGCAAGGAAGAACAUGUCUGUGUUCUUUACCUACUUCAACAUCACUGCACCUAUGUUGAUCAUAUAUGGUAGAUGGUAGAGGACUUCCCUGGAGAAGUUGUGCACGGGGUUCAAUGCAAGUCAAUAUACUUUCCCAUUAUUUCCUUUGUAAGAAAAGCAUUGGGACUGACAACAGUGGGACCAUCCAUCUGUCCCACCAUUUCUUACACAUCAUGCAUCACAGAAAAAAAGUGAACAUAAAUGAUGAUCAUUUUGGAGACAGCUCUGGGAAAACUGUUAAUUUUGCUACUAUAUUCAUGGGUUUCAGUCCAUGCCAGCUUAUUUCUCCAUUACCUCCUCCAUCAUAGAAGUAUUUGGGUCAUGACAACGGGAUCAUUACUAGGAACCAUGUGGUACUGAUUAAGUGCUUCAGUUGACAGUUGUAAUGUUUCAUAAAAAUAUAAGAGAUUACUAGUGUAGUUCCAUGCCAGAGACAGGAAAGUGUUUAUUUGUCAUGCACUUUUUCUAACAAAACCAAGUACAUAAUGACUGGACUUCGAUUAGCAAUGAAUAUGGUGGUAGGGUGUUACUCCUUAAUGUGUUAGCAACUAUAUACAGUUAUCCCUCAUUUUAUGAAUUUUUGCAACAAUGAAGAGCAUUAUUUGUAAAUAUAUUUUUUACAUAACUCUUGUAUGUAAGCUAGUGGGAAGUCCAUUUUCGAUUUACGAAUUUUCAUGGACUGAAUUACCUUUGUGAAUUGACAGAUACCUGUACUAUGAAAUUGGUAAGGAAAGCAACUAUAUUACAAACAAAGAGCAGAUUUUAUGCUAAUUUAAUAAUAAGAUGUACCCCUGAAGAUGACCCUGUGAGGGUUGAAAAUGUCUGGUUAUUGAAAAAAAAUAUCAUGUUUGUAGCUGUUACAAUUUGACAGUUUUAUGUUGAAUACAGUAUAAUGUAAAAUGGUAUGCAAACUAAAGUGAAUAUAAUUUUAUUUCAGUAUGCCGUGAAAGAUGAUGAUGCACAUGCAAGAUGGGGGAAAAAUAAAAUUAACUUUAAAUUAUUAAUUUUGCAAAUACUGUAUUAAUAUUCACUAUUGGCUGUUAUUGAGUACAUAUAUUGUCAGAAUAUUUUUUAUGCUCCAGUGAUGAGUUUUUCCAUUAUAACAAAGGUAACUACAUAAAAUAUGGCAUAUAAAAAGGGCUAAAUGAAAUUCUGAUGCUCUGUAUAAUCCUAUACAUAUGUUAAGAAAGGUUUCUGAUGGAAGUAUGUAUUAUAAUUGAAACCAUGUCAUUUUCCUUUCCAGUUUGCUGUAUUUUUAAAAGGCAAUCACUAAACCUUCAUUUUACAAAUAUAUGCAUGAAUUGUAAUUUUUGAGGUUUUCACGGCGAUGACUAUGAAGAAAGUCGUUUUCUGGGACAUACUCGCCUGUAAGAGCUGUUACCUGGAUCGCAUCAUCAUGGAGGCCAUUGAGAUCGAGCUCCAUCCGAACAACAUGAACAGGGAAACAGGGUUUUGUCUCAACAAGUCAUGGAAACCUCUCAUCUCUUCCCUCAAGAGAACCCCACACAGCCACCCUAGUUCUUCAUGUCAUUGACCGCCAGUAGCCUGUCCCCAGCAAACCGUUGUUCUUGUUUACCCGCUACCUCCGUGCCAUUGACCUCCAAGUUGCCUGGAUUCACUGACCGGUUCCCCCCAGACCAUAUAUGGCCUUAAUCGCUGUUCACUGUUCCCAUUGGUCCCCUCUCCCAGACCCCCCCCUUCCUGCUUCCUAUAUAAACUAGCAUCUUCACUCCCAAAUCAUUGCAGCUACUGCUCUCUGUAUUUGCAUCGUGAUUCACCUGCCCUGAAGAUGGAGGCGAUACGUUCCUCCGAAACUUCGGUUAAAACCAAGAAUACAUGGCGCCAGAUUCCAGAAGAUGACUUUCUUCAUAUGCAUGAAUUAUUUAUACUGAAAUAAAGGAAACUGUAUUAACUGGUAAGAACAGAUUUUUCAGUGAUUCCUGGCAAGCACAAUAAUUAUUGUACAGUGGAGUAAUACAGUAUAAUGGUAUAUGUAAUUAGGCCACCUGCAUUUUUCUCUUACAUGUAAUAACAGUAUCAACAGUUUUCCUCUAACAGUCAGUCAGUCAUACAGCAGUAUGAGCUACUGUAUAGUAAAGCAUUUACAUUGGAAUUACUUUAGGAAUUAUUGUUUUAAUUUGAAUGUAGACAUAACAGAAAAACAUGAGAACUGCAAUAUAGAAAUAGCUGGAAAUAAGGAGCAUAUUAGCUUGUGUAGUGACAAAUGACAACUACAGUUUUUACAAUCUGGAUUCUGCAGUAUAGAAUGUUGGGAGAGUAAUGUUUUAGGUGUAUGUAUAAUCAAUUACUUGAUGUAAUAUAUUUACCUAUAUACAUACAUGUUCCACUUUUCACUCCAGAUUUUCAGUUUCAAAUGGGAGUGCAACCUGGAUGAACGUUACAUGUGACACUUGAAUGAAAACAUGGUUUGUUAGUUUCUGUAAUCAGUGUUACACCCAUAAACAGAGAUGUAGGAAUUAGAGGGUUCAAAGCAAAAGACCAAAAAAAGCUCAACAGAAUAUGCAAAAUCAGUUUCAAAUCAUACUUCUCCUUAAAACAUACUUUGCUGAAUGAACCUUUCAAAAUACUUUAGGCCCAUACAGUAGGUUGUCACAGUAAACAUAUGAGGCUUUUACAUGAUUAUGUCUGCAAUAGAAAAUAAAGGUAAUUAUGAACCAAACACAUUAAUAAAAAAUGUGAAAUGGAA